AGUCUGCGUGCGCUGCGAUUGGCCGUUCGCGCGUCAAUCAUCUGCGCCAGUCGAAAGAAAAAAGACUGCGUCGGAUUUGCGAUUUGACAGAAACUGAGUCGUGAUCAUCCGGUCGAGCAGUGGGUGGAGAGGCUUCCCUAUGUACCUUCCCCGUCGCUAAGAUUAUUGUCGUGCCAGCUCGCUGUGUGGCUUCACGGACGGCUGGUACUCGCCGUUUUGGGGGGUUAAGGUCUGGUACCGUCGCUUGUUUUUCGACGUGUGUGAAAGAAGAACCGCUCAGACUCUGGGGACGUCCCCUGGUUGUUUAGCCGAACAACAGACCGACCGCCAGCUACACAGGCUAAGCUAACAGCAGCACGACGUAACUGGUGGGGGUGGAUUCCAGUAUUUCGGCCCUUGGGAAGCAAAUAUUAAUAACGUCUCAGGAGCAAGCUGUGGAACAAUGGCACGCGCAGCGAGCACGUCUGAUGGAGGCGAGGAGAAGACGUGUCGCUGGAUGAGUGUCGGUUGAACGGUCAGUAGAGAGGUGGAACGGAACGUUAGUCCAGCUAAUCGAAGCCAGUCGGUUGGGCUAAAUUGAGCGAGGAAGUUGACUAGCCACCUUGCUAGCAAGGCGACAGAUGCAUUACUGGACCAAGGGUCGUCUCAAAAGUCUGAGUUAACGUAUAUUAUAUAUUUAAAAUUCACAAAACGGGCGGGUGAUGGCAUUUUUUUAAAGCUGAAGCUCAGAAAGUCAAACAUUUCCGAGCGUUUUAACCAAAACGCCAGCUCACGUCAGUUGUUUUCCCGUUAGCUGGAAAGUCGGAGCUUCUUGUAAACAAAGGGUCCCGAGCUCCACCUGUCGUGGCGACGUUACCGCUGACCGUUUGUUUCACAGAUACUGUUGCCUUUUUUUAAAUUUUUUAUUGAACGGUGUAACCAGCUCCAAGAAAUGGAUUUAAAGACCGCGGUGUUUAACGCAGCCAGGGACGGAAAGCUCCGGCUGCUCCAGAAACUGUUGGAGAACAAAGAUGGACACGAGGUGACCAAGUUGAUGGGCGAGAAGACGAACGGGGCCACUCCGCUCCUGAUGGCCUCCCGGUACGGCCACCUGGACCUGGUGGAGUACCUGCUGGAGUGCUGCAGCGCGCCCGUCGAGGUGGGCGGGUCGGUGAACUUUGACGGGGAGACCAUCGAGGGGGCGCCCCCUCUUUGGGCGGCCUCGGCGGCGGGUCACCUGAAGGUGGUCCAGUCCCUGCUGGGCCACGGAGCCUCUGUGAACAGCACGACCCUGACCAACUCGACCCCCCUGAGGGCAGCCUGCUUUGACGGCCACCUGGACAUUGUGAAGUACCUGGUGGAGCACAAGGCUGAUCUGGAGGUGGCCAACAGGCACGGCCACACGUGCCUCAUGAUUUCCUGCUACAAAGGACACAAGGAGAUCGCGCAGUACCUGCUGGAGAGGGGCGCAGACGUCAACAGGAAAAGUGUCAAAGGCAACACAGCGCUUCAUGACUGUGCCGAGUCGGGCAGCCUUGAGAUCAUGCGGAUGUUGCUGCAGUUUGGAGCGUCCAUGGAGCAGGACGGCUACGGCAUGACACCCCUGCUGUCUGCCAGCGUCACAGGCCACACCAACAUCGUUGACGACCUCACGACGCACCAGCAGACGAGCCACACGGAGCGCAUUGAUGCCCUGGAGCUCUUGGGAGCCACGUUUGUUGACAAGAAGCGAGAUCUGCUCGGAGCAUUAAAGUACUGGAAGAGAGCCAUGGACCUCCGGUACAUGGACAGUAACAACGUUGUCCAUAAACCAGAAGCCAAACAGCUGAUCAUGGCAUAUGACUACGCCAGGGAGGUAACAAACGGAGAAGAGCUGGACGGGCUGAUAUCGGACCCGGAUGAGAUGCGCAUGCAGGCACUGCUCAUCCGUGAAAGAAUCCUCGGCCCCCAACAUCCAGACACGUCUUAUUACAUCCGUUACCGAGGCGCCGUCUACGCUGACUCUGGGAACUUUGAGCGCUGCAUCAAUUUGUGGAAGUAUGCAUUGGACAUGCAGCAAAGCAACCUGGACCCCCUCAGCCCCAUGACGGCCUCCAGCCUGCUGUCGUUCGCUGAGCUCUUCUCCUUCAUGCUGCAGGACCGAGCCAAAGGGCUCCUGGGGACAUCCGUGUCAUUUGAGGACUUGAUGGGGAUCCUUUCCAAGAGUGUGUUGGAGAUUGAGCGGGCAGUUACACAAACUGGACCGAUGCCUCCUGACCCCGCUCAGCUCAGCAAGGCCUUGUCGAUCAUCCUGCACCUCGUUUGUCUUUUAGAGAAGGUGCCCUGUACUGCAGAGCAGGACCACUUCAAGAAGGAAACCAUCUAUAAAUUCCUGAAGCUCCAGCCGUGUGGUAAGAACGGCUACAGUCCACUACACCUGGCAGUCGACCGCAACACCACCUGUGUGGGCCGCUAUCCCGUCUGCAAGUUCCCCUCCCUCACGGUCGCCUCCAUCCUUCUCGAGUGUGGGGCAGAUGUGAACAGCCGCGAUGAAGAUGACAACAGCCCACUUCACAUAGCCGCAUCCAAUGGUCACCCUGACAUCAUGAACCUGCUGAUAUCAUGCGGGACUCACUUUGACAGCACCAACGCCUUCCAGCAAAUGGCCUGCGACCUCCUGGACGAGAAGGAGCUGUCCAGGAAUAUAAUCCAGCCCAUAAACCACACCACGCUGCAGUGCCUGGCCGCCAGGGCCAUCGUCAAGCACAGCCUCGACUACCGGGGGAACAUCCCCGAGAAACUAGAGGCCUUCGUCUUGCUCCACAGAUAAUGAUUGUGAUGGAGUAGAGGGGAAUGGAUGGAUGACAAAGAGGACUGGACAGACCGAGGAGCAACAUCGUUCACGGCACGCCCCGCACGCUUUUUGACAAGUCGAAAGAUACGAUGCCUUUCGGGGGUUAGGUUUGCAAAUUCAAACUAUUUGGAGAGUAAGACCUUUUUUAAGAACUUAGUCUCCAAAAAGAACUUCUCCUCGGACAAUGAUUGAAAUGAAUGGAGGAACGAGUUACCGUUUUCUUGUUUGCGCCUUUAUGGAGCCACAGCUUUGACUGGUCGCAGCCUGAUCUGUGGGGAUGUAUUUCCAAUGCAACAUGGACAAAUACAAUUGUAUGAACUGAGCAAUGGGUUUUAAGUAUUUUUGCUUUAGAAAUUAUUGUUUUGUUUUUGCAUAUUUCACUAUGCUAUUUAUUGAAUGAAACUUGAGAGAUUUUUCUCCAUGCUGGCUCGAACCCAGCCUCAACUUUGCCUGCUUCUCGUUUUAAAGCAAAGAUUGAGGCAUUUCUACAUAUGCUGGGACUUCAGGUUAUUUUUUGUUUGUCCCAUCACUGUUGCCAACAGUCAUGGGCCCUUCCUCAGUCAUCAUUAGUUGUUUUUUUUAGGUUUUUUAAAAAAAACUUUUUACAGAACAUUCAGUCAUCGUCAUGCAACUCUGGAUAUCUGCCAAGUGGUGUGGAUUCCAGACUCCUUUUGUGGUUCCCACUUUAGUGUAUAACAAAGCUUUACGAGAGGGGGUUAAUGUCUGCGAACACCAUAAGUGCUUUAUUCUUCCUAUGCACAGGCUAGGCUGUUGGAAAGAGAGACUGUUGUAUUCUGUGCCGGCACUUGUCUGUGCAAUAUCUCAUGAGUUUUUGUGUUUACCUCAUUGCUGCCGUUUCCUCCAGUAUCUCCUUUCACCCAGAGAAGGGGGGGUGGAGGGGGGGGGGGGGGGGUUCAACCAUUGUACUAAUUGUAGUAAGAGUGAAUGAAUUUGUGUGUGUGUGUAUAUGUGUAUAUAGAGAGUUUUCGUUUGUUUUUUUUUGUUUUUUUUUGAGCUUACACAAAUUGAGGGCAAGAGUUUUGGUGAGGUGGCACUCAUGGAGAUUCCACAAUGCCACUAGAAACCACAGCGGCCAAACUCGGUGUCUAAAAAAAAAAAAAAAUUUAAAAAAAAACCGCUGGAGUGUGCAGGCGUGUACACAGAAGUGACCUCUUAACCAUCAUACAUGGCUGACAUUUAAAUGCUGUUCCCUUUUUCUUUUUUAUAAUUAUGAUCAAAAAGAUUUUUUUUUUUAAAAAUCCAAAAAAAUCUAGGUAGGUUACCAACUUUGGCCCACUGUGCAUGUGCAGCAGCAUAUCAACCAACCAACCACUGCAGAAAACCUUUUCAUGAGAACCCCUGGACUCCAAACUAGACUACAGCUGGGACGGUUCUCCUAUUCUGUACAACUGUCGUCCAAAUGUGUGAGAACCGAAGACGCAAAUGAGGUGGGAGGACGCCUCGACGUACAGAAUGGUCAAGCUUUGUGAAUGAUCUUAUUUGCACAUUAGCUUUUAGAUGUGUGGGUUGGAAAAAAAAGGGCUUUUCAUAAUUCAUAGGAUUUCACAUUGCAGUCUAUUUAACCUGAUAAGCUCAAAACCAGACAUGGAAAAUGUAUGAGGACUCCCAGGGCAACUUGAUUUGAAUCUGCACUUUAUUACAGCGGAGCUUAAGAUUUGAUAUGGCAUUAAUCAAGUUCAUGUCUUAAUAACCAGUUUGACAAUAAACCCAUGUUGCACUUGU